ACUAUACAAGAGCUGUCUUGGGCAAAGAAACAUGGUUUCAUCAAUGCCACACCUUCUCCUCCUUCUUCUUAUAUUCACUUCACUUACUCAUAACUAUAGCCUUGAAGAUGGUAUCUUGAACGAUCAACCAAACGGUUUCUUUUUACCCUUCGAAUCAAAUCUCUACGUGGAAAUCACCAUUGGGACCCCAACACGAGCCUUCAACCUCAAGCUAGACUCUUCUACGCAUCUCACAUUCCUCGAAUGCGAUCCCUGCGAUGAUGAUCACCAAUGCUCCAUCUCCGACACAACCCGACGCUACGACGGCAAAUCUUCGACCACCUUCUCUCCAAUAUCGUGCAAUAACUCUUCUCUCUGUCCUCAUCUCUCCCCUAAUGCCACUAACCAUAUCAAUGCGACAACAACGAAAACAACUCUGUCUCUUCUCUGCACUCCUUCCGAUUCCUGCCGCUACGACGUCUCUGCCUUCAGCGCCGGCUACCUCGUUUCCGACACUCUUCAGUUGACUUCUUCGAUCACCGACCAAGAAAACUCUCUCUCCAUAGUUCGUGGGUUUGUCUUCGGCUGCGGGACUAGCAAUCGUGUGACGCCGGAGGACGACGGAGGCGGCGUCGACGGGAGAGUGAGUCUGACGACUCAUCGUUUCUCGCUCCUCUCUCAGCUUCGCGUCACCAGAUUUUCCCACUGCCUAUGGCCUUCCUCCGCCGGCUCGCGUAACUACAUUCGUCUCGGAUCAGCGGCUCAGUACGGCGGAGAUAUGAUGCUGGUUCCGAUGUUAAAUACAACGGAAACGAACUCUUACUCGUAUCACACUGCUCUCUUCGGGAUCAGUCUUGGGGAACAUAGAAUGAGAAGCAACGAGACUAGUACAAUAGCAGUAGAUAUUGGGACGUACUAUACGCGUCUCGAGGCAUCACUCUACGAGGAGGUGAAGGAAGAGCUGAUGGCGCAGAUUGGACCAACGGUCGCAUAUGAAGUGAACGAACUAAUGUGUUUCACAACAGAGGCUGGUUUAGAGAUAGAGUCAUUGCCCAAACUCACUCUUCAUUUGCAAGGAUUCAAUUACACAAUCUCAAACAAAGGACUUUAUCUCCGAGACAGCCCAUCUUCUCUCUGCACGGCCUUGGUCAGAUCGACCAUGGAGGAUGAAGAACAGAAUGUGCUUGGAGCAUCAGGACUUGUUGAUUAUGCCGUUGGCUAUGACACCCUAGAUAUGAUACUUGCCUUUCAACAAAGAGAUUGUUUGACCGAUUUCGUAGAUGGUAUGUAGUAGUUACCUUAUUCUAAAUAUUUGUAAUCGAUGAUGGUUAUAUCGUUCACGUAUCAUUACGUUAUCAUUACAAGACAAUAAAGAAUAUCAAAUUUUCAUAAAUAUCGAGAAGUCGAAACUUC